AACAGCAACAAACUGGAAAAAUCCGAUAAAAUGCGCAGUCGUACCGAAAUGGUCACCACCACUUUUGUCGAUUCCGAAGAAGAUUACAGCGAUGAUGACGAUUCGGAGGAGGAUUGGCGUCCGUCGGCCUCCAAUAAAAAUGGCAAGAAACAAAAACAACAAAAGUCGACAGGUGGUGGUUCGAAAAAAGGGCGGAAACGUAAAGGUGGUCCGGCGGGAGCUGGGGCAAAUGCCAAAGGAGCAAGCAAACGUAAAACUGCCACCUAUGCCGAAAGUGAUGAUGAUGACGAGGAGGACGACGAAGAUAUCAGUGAUGAAGAAUACGACUAUGAUGAUUUAGGACCAGCGGCAGCAGCAGCAACAACAACAAAUGCUACAACAACUAAAACAAAACCAGCCACAAGUUUACCGCCCAAAAAACAAUUUUCCGAAAAGAACAACAGUUCUUCGUUAUCGGGUAAUGGUACGGGCAAUAGCAGCGAGGAAGAUUCCAUUAAAUUAUUGGUCUAUGUAAAGGAUCUAGUUGGGGAUUAUGGUAAAAAUAAUCGGUUGUGUUUGUGGCGCAAGGAUGGUAAUAAUCUAUUGCAAAAAUAUAUUCGGGUCAAGACAACACCGGAUGAGUUUUUGUUUACUUCGAGUUCGGUGUAUUCCAGUUUCGAUGACAAACGCAUAACCGACUUCUAUGAGAUCAAUGUCAAAUCCCUGGAUUCAAGUAAUCGCCGUGUAAAAAUCUCCAAUACUUCUGAUUUAAAGAAAAUCCUUCUCGAAGCAGGCAAAAAGAAACGAGAACAAGCCAAACUGGCAGCCGACGAAGAGGAGGAUGAUGGCGAAUUAAGUGAUGAUGAUAUUAGUGAAUCGGAGCUGGAAAAAAGUGAAAAAGCCAGUGAAAAUAAGGAAAACGUCAAGAAAAAGAAUUUAAAAAUGAAACUGCUGCAAAAACGUAAGAAGGGUGGGGCUGAGGCCACCGAUGAUGAUGACGACGAUGAGGAAGAGGUUGAGGAGGAAAAUGAUGAAGAGGAAGAUGAGGGUGAUUUAGAGGAAGAUGAUGACGAUGAUCCUGAAGAGGAUAUUGAGGAAGAUGAUGAAGGCGAUGAUGAUUAA